ACUUUAUUUCUCUCUCUUUUCUGCUGUUAGACAGUGAGCUGGUGAGGGAGAGUGGUGUGUGUGCCGCCCCGGAGCGGAGAGGUGCCGUGCGGGCCGCCCCGCCGCCCUCAAGCCCGGGCGGUUGUUAUGACGAUGUCAAAUCCGUGAUCGGGUACAAGAUGGCGGGUGUGGCGAGACGCGACAGAGUACUUUUCAGCUGUUGUUGUGUUGUCAAGCCCUGUUGCCAUACGGCCUUGAGAGAGGAGGAGGUCAAAGCAGUGCUGGGUCCGGUCAUGGCAACUCCAGCCUAUGUAGGGGAGCUGCAACAGUCCUCCCAGCCUCAGGGGGGCGGUGUGGUGACAGGACAGGCACAACAGACCCAGCCACCCGCUGCUCCCCCUCCCACGCCAGCACAGUACAUGGCAGAGCUGCAAAGCGCUCCUCCCCCCCAAGCGGGACAGAGCAAUACCACUCCUGCAACUCCCUCUGGGCAGAAAUCGGCCCCCCCGGCUGGCACUGCCCCCCCACAGACACCUACGCAGACGCAGUAUGUUACCGCGGAGAUACAGAGUUCACCCACCCAGCCUGGCAGUGGCCAGGGCACUGCGCAGUACAUCGUGGUCACUGUCACAGGUCACUCGCUCUCUCAGAGGCUGGUGGUCCAGGCAGCAUCUCCAGGGACGAAGGGGGGGACAGUGUCUGCAGUGUCCGUUCUGUCUGUCCACCCUGUCCAGCCACAGGGUCACUCCCCCCCUGAGCAGAGGUCAGUAGUGCAGGCAGCGCCCCAGACGGCCAAGACAGGACAGAGUGCCCAGUUGAGUGUUACAAACCUGCAGCAAGUACAUCUGACCCAAGAGAGUCCAGGAAGCAGAGGUGUUGAGGCAGGGAGGCAGAGAGAGACAGAGAGAGAGAGGGGAGCCUUGCAGUGGGGGUCAGUCAAGCAGAUAGACUCUGAGACAGAUGGACAGCCUCCCUCCCGCUCCCCCUCGCCCCACUGCAGCCCGGGCUACGACAGGAACUACAGCUCCCUGUGCCCUGCCUUUCACCCCUCGCUCCCUUUCUCCUUCCCUUUCUCCCUCCCUCUCCAUUUCCCCCUCUCCCUUCCUCUGCUGCCCCCUACUGGCACCCCAGUCACAGUGCAGCCCCUGCCCCAGCUACUGCUCUACGAGACAGCGGGGGCAACAGCCUUGAGAGUGCAGCAGCUCCAGCAGGUCCCAGUACAGCACGUCUACUCCAGUCAGGUCCAAUAUGUAGAAGGAGGCGAUGCAGGUUACACCACCAGCACAAUUAAGUAUCAUUACUAUGGGCUGCGGAUCAAGGCGAGCUCCCCUCUGCUGCGUCUCAUGGAGGACCAGCAACACCUGGCUAUGAGGCAGCAGCCAUUCUCUCAGAAACAGAGUGGUUGCUUGUGUCGGUGUGUAUGCAGUGACCACUCACACUCUUGCUCUCUCAGCCAUGACGAGUCGGAGAAGCGGCUGCCCAAGGCGUGCUUGGUGUUGCUGUGCAAAUACGAGCCAGUGCUGCGCUGGAGCCGGGAAUGCGACAACACGCUGUACCAGGGGCUGGUGGAGAUUCUCAUCCCUGACGUGCUGCGACCCAUCCCCAGUGCCUUAACUCAAGCCAUCCGAAACUUCGCCAAGAGCCUGGAGAGCUGGCUGACCACUGCCAUGAUGAACAUCCCUGAGGAGAUGGUCCGGGUCAAGGUGACCUCUGCCAGUGCAUUUGCACAGACACUGCGCAGGUACACAUCCCUCAACCACCUGGCACAGGCAGCCCGCGCAGUCCUGCAGAAUACUGCACAGAUCAACCAGAUGCUUAGCGACCUCAACCGUGUUGACUUCGCCAACGUACAGGAGCAGGCGUCCUGGGUGUGUCGCUGUGAGGACCGGGUGGUCCAGCGGCUGGAGCAGGACUUCAAGCUGACCCUGCAGCAGCAGAACUCCCUGGAGCAAUGGGCUGCCUGGCUGGAUGGGGUCGUGGCCCAGGUGCUUAAGCCAUACCAGGCCAGCCCUGCCUUCCCCCGCGCGGCCAAGCUCUUCCUGCUGAAGUGGUCAUUCUACAGCUCCAUGGUGAUCAGGGACCUGACCCUGCGCAGUGCUGCCAGCUUUGGCAGCUUCCACCUGAUCCGGCUGCUGUACGACGAGUACAUGUACUACCUGAUAGAGCACCGCGUGGCCCAGGCCAAGGGAGAGACCCCCAUUGCUGUCAUGGGCGAGUUUGCUAGCCUGGGAAGGAGUCUGAACACACUGGACCCUGAUAAAGAGGAGGAAGAGGAGGAGGAGGAGGAGAGUGAUGAAGAGUGCUCGCAGGAGCUGUCUCUGCCUUCAGACUCCUCCGGGCUGCCUGUCGACUCUCUGGAGCCUCCCACCAAGCUGCCCCGCACUGACCCCAGAGGCCUGUUCAGCACCGCACCCCCAGACAACUGAGGGGAACACUGAGACCCUGCCACACACACGCACCCCAGUAUCUGCAGCGGGAGAGUCAGGCACAUAGUCCCAUUCGCCUGUCUCCAGCCCACUCCUCCGCACCACACAGCCUGUCCACAAACUGUCCACAGACACAGUCCUCUGACAGCCUCAUGGAACUGAACAAUCACUCCUCCACAGGUGGAGCCCAACCUUCACUGCCUUGCUACCAGUCCUGUAGUGGGACUCCUAGUGGGCUUGUCUCCACCUAGAGGCCCUUCAUGCAGGGUAAGGCACCAGCCUCACCAGUGCCCACCAAUCAGAAUCUAAGGCUAAGGGUUACAGGGUGUCCAGUCAGUUUGGAGGCUGUGUGGCCCAAUCAUGUUGCAGUGGGGUGGGAGGCCCUAGGUGUGAGUGGCUAGUAGCUGCAGUAACUGAAAGGGUAGCGUGGCUGUACAGUACGUACCCAUGUGUGAAGAGCUGAGUGAGAAACUGCACAUCUUCAGCCGCUCUGUGUAUGAGUGCCUGCGUUCGUGCCUGUCUGUGCUUAGCGUCGUGUUUGUGGGCUGUGUCUUGGUGAACUCUGCUGAAGGUGGCCUUCAAAGGCAUAAAUUGACUGUUAGGGCCCUGGAGGCUGCUCUGUUAUUCUACUCAGUCUAACCCUGACGCACAGGGGAUAGAAGCUGCUGUAGGUGACAGACGUGCGUGAGUGCGUGCGUGCGUGCGUGAUUUUUGCUGUUCUGUUGCUCUUCUUGUUUUCAAUCCCAGUGGCCUCAUUCAGUCCAGACACGUAACUGUUUUUGCAUAUUUUGUUGGUAUGAUCAAUGUAUUAAAAAUUGAGAUUAGUGUUACUUUUAUUUUUGCGUUUUGUGCCAAAAAUGUAUUACCUGCCUUGGUGAAUGAUGCACUUAAUUUCCUGCCAGCAUUUCUCUUGAAAUAAAAACUUGGAGCAGCAAAGAGCGAACAGUGUGUGUGUGUGAGAGAGAGAGAGGUUGUGUUCAUGUGUGUAAUCGAGAUAGAGCUGUGGGUGUAUGAAUGCUGUGUUUGUGAGAGAGAGAGAGCUGUGUGAAAACUUUGUGCCUGUGUGCAUAAAGUUCACCCAGACAACCAGCAGUGUUCAACACAUCACCCAAACUAUAAAAAGCUAGUGUGUGGAUUCUUCUACUUUUCUCUUGGUGUGGGCCUGUGUGUCUUGGGUGGCUGGCUGGGGGGCAGUGGGCAGUGCACUGGUGUCGGCCUGCCCUCUGUCUUCUCUCUACCCUUCCCUCCCUUUGUACCGUGGAAUCAUCUCCGGUUUCUGUCUGUCCUCGAAGCGCUUUACCACAGCUUCCACAGCUUCUCAUCCUCAUCACAGUCUGCUCUCGGUAUUUCACACCGCACUCGCAUCAGGCUACCAAGAGCCUAUGGGCCGUUUCUAGCUGCAGCUCCUUCCUGUUUAUUUUCUAAUAUGAGUCACAAAAGUGUUUCCUCUUGAUUGCUGAACACUGGUAGUCUGAAUGCGAGUGACCUGGAUUUCUGAAUGUGGCUUGGAGAACCCUGUGCCGUUGGUGUGUGUUUAAGUGUGUGUGGGGGUUCUAUGCAAUGAAAAGCAAAUGUUUUAAUUUUUAAAGUAUAUAAAUAAAUGAUUUUUUUAAAUGGCAGACUGUCAAAGAUCUGGAGAUUUCUUUUUCCCCUUGUGAUGUUACUCUACACCUGUAGUCAAACAGGGAUAGACCAGUGUAUCCUUCAUCUGACAUGAGCAGCACAGUUCACAUCUCCUCUAUCCUGUCCUGCAGUGGAACAAGGGAGGGUGAGCAAAGAGUGAUAAACCCCUGCAAACCAACAGGGAACAGAGAGAAGGGCGAUCAAGGCUCCUUCAGUAAUAAAUCUAUAACAGAGGGAUUCUCGGUCUCCUAUCCUAUCAUACACACAGCAGGACAGGAGACUGAGAGGAGCCAUAGACUCAGCUCACUUACCCCAAUUCCACUCCAUCAGCUGCCAUUAUCCCAAAGCCCUUGAAAUCUCCAGAUUCAUGGUCAGCCUUUACCCUCAGCAGAAUUCUCUUCAUUUUCUGAACAGCCCUGUGAGAAACCAGCAGUGCCACCAAGGAUUUUCCAACACAAAACCAGCUUGAGAAUUUUUGCUUAAGAUAUGAAAAUGUGGGGUAACUUUUAUUUCAGGUGGCUUCUGCUGCAGCGUGUAUAAAAGGUCACCUGAGCUUUCAGAUGCAUCACAGCCUUUUGGACGCAUAGCAGCAGAGGUCACAUGAACUCUCAGUGUCCAGUGUUGUGCAGGGCGUCCAGCCCACAGUGCUCUGCCUCUUUCUGACACUUUGCUGCAGUAUCACAGCGUGUUCAAGGACAGCAGCAAGUUCUUCUUAGAAACAUUUGCGAAGAUAUUAUAAAUAAACCUGUGAUAUGUUUUCCUACUUUAAAUGUAAUUAUUAUAAAAAUGAUCAUUAUUAGCAAUUACAAAAGUGAGAAACUGUACUACUUUGUGAUAAAAAUACUUGAGAUGUUUUUUUUUAUUUUAUCCAACCAUCAUGGCCUUAUUUGAUCUCGCUGUCAGUGUUCUUAUUCAGAUGUGAUUAUUACAAUAUUUUUACUAUUAGAGAUAAAAAUCCGCUGCCGUCUUUAGAAGGACGAGGUUUUUCCUCUAGGUUUGUGUUUGGAUGAACUGGUUAGUCCACUGGUUGUCUGAGCCCCCCUGUGUUGUACUGUACCCAUCACUGACCUCCAUGUGCUCCCUUAACUCACAGCAGGGAGGAGAAACGGGGGAAUGCACCAGUGCCCUCUUCUGUAUCAAGAGAGAACUCGGCAUCUCAUCUUCAAAGUGGAAAAACUGUUUUCUACCUUUUUUUGUAACUUUUUCUUCCAAGAAGUAAAAAAAAAAACUGCAAGCCUGA